AAUUUGAGGAAUCGGUGUUGUCAAAAUUUUUCCUUCUAUCGAAAAAAGCAAGAUCGCUGUGCAAUACGCCGUGUAAUUAAAAAUUUUGCGAUUUAUCGCACCAUUUCUUGAUGAUUGUUGGUCUUAAUUCGAUUACGCUGUAAUAAUCAUUCAUCAUGGGUCGUAUGCACGCACCUGGAAAAGGUAUUUCCAAAUCUGCCCUUCCAUACCGCAGAAGCGUACCUACUUGGUUGAAGUUAGCUCCCGACGAUGUGAAAGAUCAUAUUUUUAAAUUAUCCAAGAAAGGAUUCACUCCAUCACAAAUCGGUGUUAUACUCCGAGAUUCAUACGGAGUAGCCCAAGUUCGAUUCGUUACUGGAAAUAAAAUUUUACGGAUAAUGAAGUCCAUCGGUUUAGCUCCAGCCUUACCCGAAGAUUUGUACCAUUUAAUCAAGAAAGCUGUCGCUAUUCGUAAGCAUUUAGAACGUAACAGGAAAGACAAAGAUUCGAAGUUCAGAUUGAUUUUGGUUGAAUCUAGAAUUCACAGAUUAGCUCGUUAUUACAAACGUAAAUCCAAGAUUGCACCGAAUUGGAAAUACGAAUCCAGCACUGCUUCAGCUUUGGUCGCUUAAUUUUUCAUCCAUGUUAAAAACUGUUAUAAUAAAUAUCUUUUAUUAUACUUGACCUUUUUCUACGGUUUUUAAAUUCGAAUUUCUAUACACGUAACAGAGUAAGAUCCGAUGUGUAAUGAUAAUAUUAAACAACAUCUCAAGUA